GAAGUAUACCGUAUAAGUAUAGAAUAUUUGUAGUAAAUAAACAUAUUAGACAUGUGUUACAUUAUUUUGAAAUUUAUUUUUAAGAUGACAAAAAUUUGAUAGAAGUAAUUUUCUGGUUAAUUUUUUGAAACUAAAACCAAACAAAUUUUCUAGAAAAUUAGGUACAAUGUUUUGAAAUCGGUGGUUUGGUAGAUAUCGUGAUAAGUGACAACGCAUUUUUAUUCUAAUUUAGCUCUUUCCGUUCGUUUUCUUGAAUAACUAUUAAAAUUUAAGAUUUUAAAGAAGUUCUGCCCCAUUUCAAAUCCUGAUUAAAUUUAAACUUUGUACAUAGUCUGGGUAAAUAUCAAUUACAGUUGAUCGGUAAUCGGAUAUUUCCUCGUAGCACGCACAGUUCUUGUUUAUCAUACUCUAAAAUCUAAAUCAUAUGCAUUUUCUAUUCGGCGGCAAUUAUACCGAGAUCGCUCGAGAUGUCCGUUUCUCGGUGAGGUUGUUACAAAUAUACACUACAUUGUAUUAUUUUAAUAAUAAAUAACACAAGUCGAUUAAUAAUGGAAGUAUUGUUUAUAGUAUACAAGUAUAUAUAGUAGGUAUAUUGUGGAGACGACCGAUGUUCGCGGCAGUAUUGUUGUUGAACAGUUUUUUCGUAUUUCUUAUUACCGUUUUUUCGAGUGUUUACAAAACGAGUGCAACGAACGUGUUUCCCGACGUGCGGUUUUCUUAGCAAAAUGGAAAACAUCAGCUACUCUUCGCUUCCAUCCCGACGACACGGCGCAGAUUCCACAACGUGUGUUGUGUUUACUAAACAACCUAGUUUGAGGAAGUCUCGGCCGGCCCGUAUAUAUACCGUGGCCCCGACCCGGACCGACUUAUUGUACCGACGCCGUCUUAUACUUAACCGCACGGUCGAAUUCGGAGCAAUUUUUUUUUAAUUUUUUAAAGUUUUCGUUUUAUACACCACCAUGUCGUUACCAGUAGCUGUCGUCGUCGCCGCCGUCGGAUCGCUCGUUAUGUGCACGGCGUUGGACCUGCCGGAAACGAAAUCCUCGAGAAAGCUCAACGACCUGUUGUCCCACGGGCAAAACGCACAGUCUCUGCAAGCACCUUCGUCUCAGGUUCCCGUGACGGCCACCAUAACUCCAUGCACUUGCGGCGUGUUCCUCAGCAGUCAGUUCACCAAGGGCAGUGGAAAACAGCCCAGCGGAUACGCGGCCUUGAUGCACGAACAGGACGAGCCGGCCACUUGCAACGCGUUGGGCAUCAAGACCUGCACCAACAGAUGUUUGGACAUUAUUGCCAAGUACUUGCCUAACAGCUCGGCUAUCAUUUGCGGUUCGGUCGACCGCGACGUGUACAAAGAAAGAGCCCAUCUCUUUGUGAAAAACUGCAACGACUUAUGGGUCAACACUAAUCUGUCAGCUGGUCGAGAGUAUUGCUGCAAGGACGGUCACCAUUAUAAAUGUCCUUUAAUUUAAUAAGCGUUUUUUUAAGUUCUGGUCCUUAUUGUUUUCCUAUUCAAUUGAACUUGUUUGUCAUUUGUAUUAUAUUUUAUUUUUUGUACUUUUUUUUUAUUCGUUUUUUAUACUGUAAUAUUAAAGUUUAUUUAUACAUUUGAAAAGUCGUUCUUAAUGUCCUACUCGUGGCAACAUUUGCGCGGUAAUCGACUCAGGAUCAUGUCCGUUUUUAUAGACUUGGCCCAUGAGUCUUGUUAAAAAACAAUUACUAAUGACACUCGCCUUAAGGUGAUUGGAAAUAGACAUACUAAUAUAGCUGUACUAGUGGUCUUUUUAAUAGGCAAAGAAAACAUAUAAGUGACUCUAUUAAUGACUGCAAAAUGAAGCAUUGUAUUAAUGCAACAGUUAUCAUAAAUGUUUAUUAUACUAAAGCUAAUAUGACAGCAAAAUUGUACGGUUUUAUAAGUGCUAUGCACGUUUUACGUAUCAUUAGUGUAAGCAGUUCGUACCUAAGUUUCCCACACAGUAAAUAAAUUUCAAUAUUUUCAUAACGUUAAUAAAACAUUAAAUUUCGUCCCAAAACGUCGUUAUUAUAAAAUAUUGAUAUUUUAAAAAAAGUUAAUUUUUUUUUAUAGUAUGGUCGGAUUUUUUGACCUAUUACCCUAAACUUGACAGCGUAUACUUUAAGAUACAUACCUACGUUUAAACAUAAUUUUUCACGACCAACUAAAUAAGUGUGAUUAUUUUUGUUUCUUAUUUUUUUAAUAUUUAAAAGUUGCCCUUGUAAAAUUAAGUGUUAAUUGUCUAGAAACAAUGUAGAAUGUUUACUCGAAUGGGAAGGUCGCUCUAUUUUUGUUAAAAAACGCUGACAUUUAUUUGUACAUUAACAGUUACGACAGUUAUGUUUGUUUAUUUGUU